GAAGAGGUUUAGCAUCAGCAUCCUUUAUAAUGCAAGACACGGGCAGUGGCUUCUGUUUGCUCAUGUAUCAUAAAUGACGAUGUUCGUCUUGUCGAAUACAGGCUUAAUAAGUCUAUGCACAGAUGACCUGCUUUGGCCAACAUUCAAAUUCAUGGCUCUGUAUGCGAGGCUCAUUUAUUUGCAUACGUGUGUGUGCGAUUGCGUGUUUGUAAGCGCGGUGUGUGUGGACACUGAGGCGGAAGAAUGAUUCAUAAAGAAGAGAGGAGAGAGAGAGAGAGAGAGAGAGCAGAAAAGAUGGGUUGACGAUGAUGAUGAUGAUGAUGAUGACAUAAUGCCCGCCCACUUUUCCUGUUUCCUGCUGUGGAGGAUGGAUGGAUGGAUGGAUGGAUUAAUCCAGCGUCUUGAUGGAGGGAGAGAGCAACAGACCUUUCCACUUUCACCCCUCACCCACUCUCUUUUCUCUGUUUGAGAACUAGCAACCAUCUGGCGGUCUGUUGUAGACACUCCCGAGAGACAGGCUUCCCUUCUCACGUGGCUCUGUGUGUGCAUGUGUGUGUAUGCAUGCGUAGAUUCACACAUGAAUUCACACUGCUUGGAAAUUCGUUAAAGCAAUGAUGAAGCAAACGCAAGACUGAUAUUGCAACAUAUUAAAAAGCUGCACAAUUUCCGGAUUCACAGUAUUAUGUGCGUCUACUCCGCUUGAAGCUCGUUUGAAACGGCCACUUGUCUUUCCCCUUCUGGCGAUGUGGGGAUGGACCAGACUCAUGAACACAAGAUGAGUUUCGAGGGGGCGGAGGGUAGACCAGCUCCACCCACCUCCCUGCCCCUGCAGGGCCAAGGGGGCGUGGCCUCUCAGAGGAAGAAGCUGUCAGCUCCUCGUAUAAGUCUAUCAUUGGACCAAAGUGAGGACGACCUGUUCGACACACCAGAUGACCUCGACAUCAAUGUGGAUGAUCUGGACACCCCUGAUGAAGCGGAUUAUACAGACCACGAAAUUGACUGGGAAGAGCCUCAAGCGUCCCAGAGUGAAUCUGUUAAAGAAACGGUUGAGCCCAUUCCCACAUACAGCGCUCAGGAGGAGCGGCAGGACUCCAAACUCUGGAGAACCGUUAUCAUUGGAGAGCAAGAGCACCGCAUCAACAUGAAGAGCAUUGAGCCUUACCAAAAGGUCAUAUCCCAUGGAGGGUACUAUGGCAAUGGUGCAAACGCCAUCAUUGUAUUUGCUGCAUGCUUCCUCCCCGACAGUGACAGAGAGGACUAUCAUGAGAUCAUGGAGAACCUCUUCUUGUAUGUUAUCAGCACACUAGAGCUCAUGGUAGCAGAGGAUUACAUGAUUGUGUAUUUGAAUGGAGCGACUCCGCAUCGGAGGAUGCCUGGACUCAACUGGCUCAAGAGAUGCUAUCAGAUGAUUGACAGGAGGCUUCGAAAGAACUUAAAAUCUUUCAUCAUCGUUCACCCAUCAUGGUUUAUUAGGACAAUUCUAGCUAUAACGAAACCGUUUAUCAGCUCAAAGUUCAGCAGUAAGAUCAAGUAUGUGAACAGCUUGGCAGAACUAGAGGAGCUCAUCCCGAUGGAGUACGUGCACAUACCUGAGUGCAUCGUCAGACUGGAUGAGGAGUUACGGGAAGCAGCAGAGAGCUCGAGAAUCAACAGUUUUCUCCAAGGAAGUGAGAAUCCACAAGAAUCAAUAGCUCAACCGAAUGCGAGCAGUUCAUAAGAGCCGCUGGCUGCGGGUGCAAGAACGUUGCGUCCGUGAAGGUUCUGAGUAUUUCAAAUUGUAAUGAUUGCACACUGACGUGGAUGCAAUAAUCGCAUAAAAUAAGAGAAAAGGGUAUUUUUGUGCUUCGGUAUCUCACAGUGCUGGGACGAAUAGUGCAGCACCAUAUGUUCUUUAACACGAAUCACCUCAAAUGUAAUAAUUCUUCUCACAGAACAGUAGCUUAAACCAGCGCAAUGCUAAGAUCAUUCUUUGUCUCUUAUCGUCUUGCGAAAGUUUCUCUUGUUACUUGAAUUAUGCAUGAGAGGCAUUUUAGCAAUAAUAUAAUGUUGUACUUUUUCCCCUUUAGGCUCAUAAUUUUUACCGUCGGGUAUUUUUCUUUAAUUGGAGCAUGCAUAAAGGGCAAAAUUCUGUCACUUCAGCUGCUCUGUAUUAAUAUUAGUGCAUGCACUCUCAAUGCGUAGCACCCUGUUAGCGCUAAUGCUAACUCUCUACCCUCUCAUGCUAACUCGAAGACUCGGAGACAGAGAAAAUAGAGCACUAGUUAAUUAUUGCCAUUGUAAGAAACAAUAUGAGUCAGGUUUGAAUUUAAACAACACCUCAUAUCACUUUAUACGGAUCAGUUCAAAAUCAGCAGGGAGAAAUCAUUUGUAGUUCUUAAAUGUCAAGUGUGUUGCGCUAAAAUGCUUCCUCUGUUGCUUUAAGACCAGGUUGACUUCCUGAAGAAAGUAACAUAAAGACUUUUGUGGCUCUUUUAAAACAUUUGUGCAGUCAGUUCUUUUCAAACAUCAGUUGACAUUGCCACACUUAAAGACAUUUGUGAAACCAAGUGCUUGCUAAUAUAAACUUCUUGCUUAAUUCUUUUUAGUUAGGAAGUAAUUCAUCCACUUGUUUUUCCUGUUGGGAUUUAACAAGUCUUUACCAAAACCAACCAGCCACAAGGUUAACUAUAGCAUCACAAAACUAGGUAAAAAUCUUAUGAAGUAUUGUGAAUGACAAAAUCUAAUAACUCAAAGAUUAGAUUGAAAGAUGUUGAGACUGUUGAUAUCACGUAUAUAUAAUUACGGAUUGUAGUUUUCAGUUAGCAAUUUUACCGUUAAAUAAUCAAUUUUGAAAUCAAAUUGAAAUUCACAAUGAAUUAUGGUUUAAUGAAAGCAUAUUUUGCAUUGAUCAACAACCUUGUGCCUCACAGUAGGCCUAUCCUUAAUGGUUUAUAUCUUUUUAAGGUAUUUUAUAAGUUAUUAUAAGUCAAUUCUUUAAUGGAGAAAAUGAACGCUUUUAUUCUGAAACCCAGAAAAUGUUCCUUUUGCUCGUAUUUUCAGGGAUUUUGAAAGCACCAACUCUAAAUAUUAAUCGGUAGUUUUGAAUAAUACCUCAAAUUAUGCGACGCUUGUGGAGAGGUGCGCUGGUACCUUUCCAAGCAAUCAGGCUUAAUACACUGCCCCCCGAUCAGUGACAUGAAGAAGUCUCUUUGGAGCCACCGGGGGCGCUGGAAUGACACACUUCACCUUUAAGAAUCAAGCCAUUGUGAUGCAUUAGCUGUUCUUGUGCUCACAACACUCAAGUCAGUCCUAGGUGUUUCAGAACUUUGAUGUCUUUUUGAGUGUUUGCCAUGUAUAAAGGUCAAAAUAGUUGCCACAAUCAAAGAUCUGUCAAAUCCUAAGAGCAUGCCGUUUCAGAGGUCUUCACGUUCCGUGUGACUGCUCUGUCUACUUUUGAGCUCUUGUGUCAGUGUGUGAGGGUGUGUGUGUGUGUGUGUGUGUGUGUGUGAUUAUCUGUUUAUGUGUUUACAUGCUGUUAGGUCUCCCAAGUUCUUCCUGCUAACAGGUUUGGGAACUAAAAUAAAGGGACUUGAAAAGAUUGCUGUAAAGCACAAUAUUCAAAUUAAGUGUGUGUGAGUAUAUGAGAGACAUUGUGUGCAGGAUUGUGUCACUGCAUGUGUCCCUGGUUGUUGAUAUAUGACCCUUUUAGACUGAAAUUCUACUGAAUAAUAUGAAUAGAGGAAAUUUGUUCCAGAGGCCUUCUCCAGCAGAGCAUAUUGAGAUUGAGAUGUAUGUCAUAUUGCAGAGUAAAUCAAUAAAUUAAAAUUCUAUCUGA